UGAUAUAUUUAUUAAUAUGACGACCAUGGCUUGGCCCUUCUUUCUUCUGUAGCCUGAUCUCGAUUAAAUUGAGACAUUUAAUAUUGUUUAUAUGAUAAGAUUUGAAAUGAUAUGAAACCCACUUCUUGAAUCCAAUCCAUUACCCACUCUAUUCUAUUGAUUAUUGCUUCAACUGUGCAAUUUUUAUUUUUUUUUGCACAGAGCGUUUACUUGAAGCUGCAUCAAUUGAGGGAUUCUUCAUCUUUGGAUUUGCUUUUGGUGCCUCGGAGUCAGAGCUGCAAGGAAAGUGGAGAUGCUGGGAUGAAAGCUGAAUUUUGUGCAAAAAAGAUAUCCAAAAAGUUGGGCUGGGAGAGAAUAGGUUCUUAAAACAGACAAGGUGACAUCAAAAGAUCAAAAACCCAGAGGUAGAAAUAGCAAGGAAAUGGCUACUUUAGUUGAACCUCCCAACAGAAUUAAGCCAAAGGGGAAGCAUUAUUACACAAUAUGGCAAACAUUGUUUGAGAUUGAUACGAAGUACGUUCCAAUCAAGCCUAUUGGCCGAGGGGCAUAUGGUGUGGUGUGCUCUUCCAUCAAUAGAGAGACCAAUGAGAAAGUUGCAAUUAAGAAGAUUGGGAAUAUAUUUGAGAAUUCUAUUGAUGCAUUGAGAACUUUAAGGGAGCUGAAGCUGCUUAGACAUAUUCGGCACGAGAAUGUCAUUGCUUUGAAAGAUGUUAUGAUGCCAAUCCACAGAACAAGUUUUAAGGAUGUCUACUUGGUCUACGAACUCAUGGACACUGAUCUUCACCAGAUUAUCAAGUCUUCUCAACUGCUUUCGAAUGAUCAUUGCAAGUAUUUCUUGUUUCAGCUCCUUCGAGGUCUUAAAUAUCUUCAUUCUGCGAACAUUCUUCACCGGGACUUGAAGCCUGGAAAUCUGCUCGUCAAUGCCAACUGUGAUCUGAAGAUAUGUGACUUUGGGCUUGCAAGAACUAAUGGAGUUGAUGGCCAGUUUAUGACAGAGUACGUUGUCACUCGCUGGUACCGUGCACCGGAGCUCUUGUUAUGCUGUGACAAUUAUGGAACCUCUAUUGAUGUGUGGUCAGUAGGGUGCAUUUUUGCCGAGAUUCUUGGUAGAAAGCCAAUCUUCCCUGGAACUGAGUGUCUCAACCAGCUGAAACUAAUUAUAAGUGUUCUUGGAAGCCAGCAUGAAUCUCACCUUGAGUUUAUUGAUAAUCCAAAAGCCAGGAGGUUUAUCAAAUCACUGCCCUAUACUAGGGGCAGACACUUCUCACAGCUAUAUCCACAAGCAGAUCCAUUGGCCAUAGAUUUGUUGCAAAAAAUGCUUGUGUUUGAUCCAACCAAGAGAAUCACUGUCCUAGAAGCUCUUCAACACCCUUAUAUGGCUGGCUUAUAUGAUCCAAGGUGCAACCCUCCUGCUCAGGUUCCCAUCAGUCUUGACAUAGAUGAAAAUUGGGGGGAACAGAUGAUUAGGGAAAUGAUGUGGAAUGAGAUGCUGUAUUAUCAUCCUGAAGCUGCUUCUAUCAAUGCAUAGACGAUUGAUUCUUCCAAGGAUUUAAACUUUUAUUGGUAUGUUUGUUUUUACGUUUGAAAUGCUCAUACCUCAAUUUGACCCAAAGCAACAAGACACAAGCUUUUCUGUUGAGGUGUCUUGAACGUUGACAACUACGAAUCAAAUACACAAUGUCAUGUUGCUUGUCUCUAGGAGUAGUUAUCUUAUUCCUUAGACAUAUUUUAAUCUUAAAGUAAGGACCUAGUUGCCGAAUUUUGUACUUUGCAUGAGAUUGCUUUAGUACCUUUUUAAUUUGGCGUCUCCACAAGGAUAAUGGCAUCUUGUAACUUGUAUAUAGCCAUGCAUACUGUUUUGGGGUUUCGGCUAUACCAUUUGGAGUUUGAACUACUUGUUGUUCAUCAGUUGUUUCCUAAAAUUUUACAGGAAGGAGUAAGAUAAUUUGUGCUUUCAAAUAUA